UAUACAAAUGUAUUGUUGACAAAUGUAAACAUUUCUUACCUAUUUCCGUGUUUUUUUAAUCAAGUAAUUUCUGAGACUUGUGUAAUAUAUAAAAUUUAAAUGACUUCAUCAGAACUUAAUGAUGGCAACAAAAAGGUCAACAAUGGAGAUAAGGAAGAAGAAAAUGAGCCAAAAAGGUCUUUCCGAGCUGAAUAUGCCCGUAAAAGUCACAAUAAUAUUGAGAAGAAAAGGAAGGAUAAAAUAGCUAUCUGGAUAAACAAAAUUUAUGAGCUAUUACCUAAAGAUCCUAAGAAAGAAAGCAAGAAUGGUAUCUUGGAGAAAGCAUAUCAUUACAUGGUUCAUCUUAAAGAAAUGAAUGACAAACUUAUAUAUGGGAAUGCAGAUCAAAUCACAGGGGAAGAACUACGGUUUGCGAGGAAAAAAAUAACUAAAUUAGAGGAAACUAACGCUGUAUAUUACAAAAUACUAAAGAUGUCUGGUAUAACACCCAAUAAUAUCCCAUUGGAUGCUAUGAAACCUCUUACCCCUAAAAAUGCCAAACUUAAACAAGAUAAAAUUAAUUUAGACAAAGUUAAUCCAUCCACUAAUUCCGCUGAUGAUAAUUCUGAUGCUGCAUCUGAUACAACAGAGGUUAUCAGAGAUGAUGAUAAUGCAGAUCAAUUCAAUAAAAAUGGUAUUCAAGACUCGACACAAAACGCACCUGUAACUGAAAGAAUGAACAUAAAUUCUCUCUUCCAAAAAACUCCGCUUCUAGUUGUCAAUCAAAAUCUAGACCAAAAUGCACCAAGAAUAAGUUUGUCUAAUGGAUCUCAACUCAAAAUCCGUCCUUCACCUAAUGUACAAAUUCUGGGUAAUGGUGCUUUAGCCAUUGAUAGUUCUGGUUUUAAUCAAGGUCCAAUUAUAUUAGGAUCGACCUUAUUGAGUCCACCUCAACCAACAACUUUGUUGAUGAGCAAUGGUCAAUUAAUAUCUUUAGUUAAUCAACCUCAACCAGCUUUCGUCUAUACUCCUGGUGCUGGUUUUGUACUAACUUCGUCAACUCCCAUCAACAACUCCAUUAAUGUUCCAGUUAAACCAACAGAACAAGCAGAGAAAGGAAAAAAGAAAACGCGAGUGACAGUAAACAACGAACCCGAAGCAAACUCUAUGAUUGUGACACCUGAGACAAAAGUAACUCAAACUAGGCCUAAAAGAUCUCGAACAUAUCAGAAAGCUAAUUCUAAACAAGUUCCUAUCAGUGAAGUGUUAGUAGAAAAUGAUCAAUCUACUAAUGAACAACAAAAUGAAACAUCAACGCCUGCUGUAAAGUCUAGGAAAAGGCCUAGAAUUGGAAGAGUUUCUCGUAAAUCUAAGGAAACAUCUGAUAAGUUAACAAUCAGUGAAGUGAAUUUGCAAAGUGAUUCAGCCUCUGUAAUCAAAGAGAAAAGACCUCGACCAACUACUGUAAUUGAAAGAGUUGCUGAUUCGCCUGUUAAAAGCUGUACCGCUGACAAACAAGCUAACAAAAAUGUUAAUUCAAGUAAAGGGUCUGCAAAAGAAUUUGAUGAAACGCUAACUACUGACAAUACAAGUAAAAAAUUGAUUCCUUGUAACGAUUUAACUAGCAAUGAUCUCGAAACUGAAGAUAGAAUUGACUAUUCUUUCCGUCAAAACAGUGACAAUAAUGAAACAGCUUGUGACCAAGAUCAAUUACCUCUUCUUUUGAGUAGUUUAUCGGAUGACCAUGAAAUGUCAACUGAAUCAGUUCAUAGUGUUUCUAAUUCUAGUUUACCAACUUUCCUAAGUUUAUCACCGCCUGACCAUCUUACCGAUUUCCUAUCGAAAACUACAGAUCAUAAUAGUACUGCUCGCUCACCCCGUUACUCUAGUUCAAUAAAUCGACUUAAUACGAGUGCACCGACUUCUCAAACUCCUUCUGUAAUCAUGUCAAAUCAAGGUACAAACUUGAUAAGUGAGCCUCAUCAUCUCAUGGGACAAAACGACAAGGACCCUAUGUUUGAAGGUAAUUUAGAGUCAAGCAAUAAAAAUAUGGAACCUGAAAUGCAAGGAAAAGAUAGUGAUGUUUCAAUGUGUGUUGAUGAAAAUUAUUCUAAUUCAAUUAACCACCACCACCAUCAUCAUCAUCACCUUAUGAUAAAUGAAAGAGAACCGAUAGAGUCUUCAGCUCAUGGAUCUAACGAUGAUGGCGCUGAUUCAGGACAAUCAAGACUUUAUACUACAGAUUCGCAAGAAAAUAGACGUUCUGAGACAAAUAAAUCAACGAAUUCUCUAACAGAAAUCGGUUUGAGAAAAUCUUCAGAAGCAUCUACUUCAUCUUCAACAGUACCAACGGUUACCACUACAACUUCAUUAUCAUCAAAUGUAAAUGCAUCAUCUUCUUCAGGCAACAAUUCAGGCACCAGCCAAGAGCGUAACUUUUUACCUUAUUCAGCUGAAUCUCUUCUGAGACAGCAGCCUCAGCAACAAAGCACUACUAUGCCUACCUCAGGGCCAAUUAAUUCAAUUUAUCAUGUUCAUUCCAAUGUAGAUCCAAAUAUUGAUUUCUCCAAUCGUGGAACUGCUUCAGCAUCAUCAAACAAUGUUAGUUCAAAUUCUCGGCCGACCAUUUCAUAUUCUGCUGAAAGAUUAAUCCACUCACCACCAAUAGAUACAACAGUUUCUGCUAAUCAAUCUAGCAGGCACAAAUCUCAUGAGGCAAAUAAAGUUUCAUCCAUGCCUAAUAAUAAUCAAUCUAAUAACUCUGCGAAUAUCUACAAUGAACAGUAUUCAAUCAUAAGAACUGCUCGGGGAAGCACCGAUAUGGAUUCUAAUUUAUCUCGUAUACAAUCAAAUCAUCAUCAACAUCAUGCACAACAGCAACAACAUCCGAGUAAUGUGUACAGAACAUCUCCGCAAACUCAGGACCAGCGAACUAACCAAGAUCAACAUCAAUCUUCUCGAAACUCUAAUCCAACAAGCCAAUCUCAGCAGCAAAUUAUGCACCAGCAACGCGAUGUCUAUCCAGAGAAUCAUCUGCAUCAUCACCAACAACCUCCACCUCCUCAAUCAUCUCGAAGUCAAACACAGGCAAAUUCGAGUUCACAAGGGCAAAUAAGUAUGAAAACAACUUCUACUAGUGACAGUUCUACAACCAAUGCUAAUAAUGGUAGCAAUAGUAAUAGUAAUACUACUGCUAACAAUAAUAGCACGAAUAAUGGUCGAGAAAUUUUCAAUCAUCCGUAUCCAUAUGGCCCGAUGCCAAAUGAUGGGUCUUCAUCAGGUGACAGGAAUGACAAUCAUGCUACUUUCGCCAACAACGGAAAUCAUCAGAAUGAUGGUUUUAUCGAGGGCAACUCACAAAACAAUUUCAUUCCACCUUUUGCACCUCCUAAUAACAAUUGUCAACCUUCUUUCAAUGCAACUAAUAAUCGCCGAUCAGGCAGUUCAUCAACUGCCAUGCUAGCUCCAUUCCCGUUUUCUGAUCCUCUCAAUUCAAGCACUUCUUUUUCAUCCGACCCAUACAGUAGACCAGCUAAUACACCAAGCUCUAACGCAUCAUCCGUAGUCAAUUUUGAUACUAACAGACGUAUUGGUAAUUCAGGACAUUUUGUUGACCAUACAUCAUCUACAGCAAACAAUUCAAAUAACAAUUAUUUCAUGAUGCAUAAUCAUCAUGUUGUCUCAUCAGCCCUCCCUAAUUCAAAUAAUCCCCCGAUAUUCUCAACCAGUUCCUCAUUUCCUAGUCUCAUUUCCAGCUCAACCAAUUCAAACUAUGAUAAUAAUGGUUACAAUCUUACCUGUCCUCCGAGACCAUCAUCCAAUGUCAAUACUACUGUCAAUAUCUCAGGCUCUACUAACACCAUUUCCAACUCAAAUCUUCACUCUCAUCACCAUUCUCACCAUUCUGUCUUCUACGGUGACACGAGCACACCACCCAUGCAUAAUUCUCGUCGUCAGUCUGAGUUAUCGCCAUAUUCAGCAUCAAGUAAAUCAGUGAAUAAUGGCGGAUCAUCUGGAUCAUCAAAAACACCUAAUAACGCUACUGCCAGCACACCACCAACAAAUUCUAAACAAUCAGGGAAAUCAGUUGGAGGCUCAAGUAAAUCAACCAAGAAAGGUUCUACUGCUAAUGCUGCCAAAAGUAGAGGCCAAUCUUCAAACAAUGAUACACGAUUAAGUAUCAAUAAUCCUCCUGUAGUAAACUCGUAUCCAUCAAUGCCUAGUUUCGUACCUCCACCAUCCUCCUCUUCAAUGGUUAAUCAUCGAUCUGUUGUUACUCCAUCUUCCUCUUCGACCGCAUCCGCGUUGAACGUGUCUUCAUCUGAAAGAUCUAUAGAUGGAGGUGAAUCUUUAUUUAGACCUCAACCACAAUCCAAUUCUGCGAAUAACAUGCAAACAUCUUCCACUCGAUCAUCUGGUCCAUCAAGCCAUAGUUUACCACCAGUGGGUCAUUCAUCUACAUUUUUGCCAAACUUUAGUUUUAACAUUUUUCCCGAGAUUGGAUCAAUUAAUCCGAAUGAGAAUUUCGCUAUGUCUGGCCUCUCAGCAAUCAAAUUUAACCACGCUAACCAUGUAUUACCUCAUCAUCCCAAUCCAAACGCACCUUUCACUCACUCAUCGGCUCUUCAAGCUCCUGGAUCAAUGGAUAAUAGUGCGAGUGUUAUGGGAGAUAAUUCAUCUCAUCAAAAUAUUUACGGACAUCAUAGCAGAAUAUCAACUCCUCACCAUCAUAAUCAUGUUUCAUUUAUACCAUUAAUUGGUACAUCACCAAGAACCUUGAAAUAACCAAUCAAAUGGACAAGAUUGUCAUAAAAAACAUUUUCAG